AUGUUGGGUGUGAGAUCUCUUCUUUUCAGUGGACUCUGUGCCGUGAGGUCUGUUCUUGCUCAACAUGGAGAGGAAUAUGCCGAAACGAUGGGCCCCGUGGCCUUCAUGUGGCCGCCUGAUCGUGAAUGGGGUGCGGCUCAAGACAAUACAGCUCCUUGCGGAUCAGCGACAGCAGUUGUGAACAGGACCGAAUUUCCACUGCUCAACGGGCAAGUCGCCCUUGUUGCGCAGGAUGAGUCCUGGUCUAUUCAAGUGGCGAUCUCUCACAGCAAUGAUCCAACCUCGAAUGACGACUUUGAGACAGUGAUUGCAGCGACGAGAAUCCCGGAAUUGAAUGAAGGCCAUCAAUGCUAUCCGAUUCCGAAUCCCUCUACAGAUGUUGAAGCAGGAUCGAAUGCGACGUUGCAGAUCAAAUACACCUCCGAUUUCGACACGGACAAAAACGAGACCUUCUAUGCAUGUGCAGAUAUCACAUAUGUUCUGACCAGUCAAUUCACUUACCAAGUGCCUUGCUUCAAUGCCACCGUUGACGAUUAUGAUAUUUCAGAUAAUGAUGACCCUGAUUCAAGUUCUUCCGGCACGGCCGCCGGGGCAUCAGCGACCUCGGCAGCACCCGAAAGCUCGGAAUCGUCAUCCGGUCUGUCUGGGGGUGCCAUAGCAGGUAUUGUUGUCGGUGUUGUAGUUGGGGUUGCAGCUGUGUUGGGUGCUCUAUUCUUCAUGUGGCGUCGUAGUCAACAGAAAAAGCGGCUUCGUCAACAAGAGGCGUCACUGAGGACUGUGAAAUGGGACGAAAACAUGCAAGGGAAAGGUCCGGGCUCACAGAGUUCAGGCCAGGAUAUUGCUCUCACAAAGUUUCGCUAA